GAUAGGUUAAUAAGGGAGAAGUGAGUGAAGGUAAACCGGAAAUCGCUGGCAUUGGUUCUGACUUGCAUUGCAUCGCAUCGCAGAGAAACAGAGAGAGAAAAUAAAACCCAAACAACAUCAACCAACAUCAAGAGAGACAGGGACAGAGACAGAAACAAUUUUCUUUCUCUAUUUCUGUUUUCCAUAGCCUAAAACCCUCUCCUUCUUCAUUGAUCUGCAACUCAAUCCAGCUCAGUUUUUCUGGGUGCCUUUUCUUUUUUGAUUUGCUCUCAUGGGUAUCUCUUAGUUUUCUCUCAACAUGGACCACCCUCCUCAUAAUAGGAUUUGGCAAAAGAAAUUGUGCAAAAGAGGUAAGGGACGCCUUUGAUUUCUGCGUUCAAGGCGGGAGAUUGUGGCGGCCCUUCUCGGGCUUUUAAGCAUAUCUAUCUGCCUCGCUAUUAACGUUUGAGAGAUGGCACGGGGGAGGAUAAGGGCGAGGCUCCGUCGGAGCCAGUUUCAUCCAUUUUCGUGUAUGAGACCGAGAACAUCGCAUGACGAAGCUCCAAAUCCGGUUGAAGGUCCUGGAUAUUCGAGAAUAGUUCACUGUAAUCAACCUUGUAUGCACAGGAAAAAGCCCUUGAAAUAUUGCUCAAAUUAUAUAUCCACCACAAAGUACAAUGUCGCUACCUUCCUGCCUAAGGCACUCUUCGAGCAAUUUCGGAGGGUUGCCAAUAUAUACUUUCUUUUGGCUGCUAUUCUUUCGCUUACACCGGUUGCCCCAUUUUCUGCUGUCAGUAUGAUUUUUCCUUUGGCGGUUGUUGUUGGUAUUAGUAUGGUAAAGGAGGCUUUAGAAGAUUGGCGCAGGUUCAAGCAAGAUAGGAAGGUUAAUAGCAGGAAAGCUAGUGUUCAUGGAGGGGAUGGUGUUUUUGUUGAUAAAUCAUGGCAGAAGAUUCAGGUUGGUGAUAUUAUUAAAGUGGAAAAGGAUCAGUUUUUUCCAGCUGAUUUGCUUUUACUCGCCAGUAGUUAUGAAGACGGGAUUUGCUAUGUGGAGACUAUGAAUUUAGACGGUGAGACAAACUUGAAGCCAAAAAGAGCAUUAGAGAUAACCUUGUCUCCUGAGGAUGAUGAGUCUUUUAAGAAUUUUAGAGGAGUUAUAAAAUGUGAAGAUCCAAAUCCCAGUCUUUAUACCUUCAUAGGUAAUCUUGAGUAUGAGCGUCAGGUUUAUCCCCUUGAUCCUAGUCAGAUUCUGCUUAGAGAUUCGAAGCUUAGGAAUACCACUUUUGUUUACGGGGUUGUGAUAUUCACUGGUUUUGAUAGCAAAGUCAUGCAGAAUUCGACGAAGUCCCCUUCAAAAAGAAGUAAAAUAGAAAGAAAAAUGGAUAAAAUUAUUUAUAUCCUUUUCAGCCUUCUUUUAGGUAUCUCAUUAAUGAGCUCAAUUGGUUUUGCUGUGAAGAUAAAGCUUCAAAUGCCAAAUUGGUGGUACAUGCAACCCUUAAAACCUGAAAAUUUGUAUGAUCCUAAUAGUCCUCUGAAGUCGGGUCUAGCCCAUUUGAUCACUGCUCUCAUUCUUUAUGGGUAUUUAAUACCGAUCUCUCUCUAUGUUUCCAUAGAAGUUGUGAAAGUUUGCCAAGCAAGGUUCAUUGAUGAAGACCUGCUUAUGUAUGAUGAAGAAACUGGAAAUCCUGCCCAAGCGCGGACAUCAAACCUAAAUGAGGAGUUGGGCCAGGUGGAUACAAUACUCUCUGAUAAAACUGGAACCUUAACCUGUAAUCAGAUGGACUUUUUAAAGUGUUCCAUUGCCGGCACUUCAUAUGGUGUGCGUUCCAGUGAAGUUGAACUUGCUGCGGCUAAACAAAUGGCAAUGGACAUUGAGGAUCAGGAUGAAGAUGUAUUUAAUAGUUCCAGGCCUAAAACUCGUAUAAGUAAUUCAUGGGAGACUAGCAGCAGAGGAGCUGAAAUUGAGCUGGAGACCGUCAUUACUUCUAAAGACGAAAGGGAUCAGAAACCAGCAAUCAAAGGGUUUAGUUUUGAGGACAGCCGUCUCAUGGGUGGAAAUUGGUUGAAGGAGCCCAAUACAGACGUCAUUUUGUUAUUUUUACGGGUAUUAGCAGUUUGUCAGAGUGCAGUUCCUGAGCGAAAUGAAGAGACUGGCACUUUCACUUAUGAAGCAGAGUCUCCUGAUGAGGGAGCCUUUCUUGUUGCGGCAAGAGAAUUUGGUUUUGAAUUUUGUAGAAGAACACAAUCAAGUGUGUUUAUAAGUGAAAAAUAUGCUCAUCCAGGACAGUCAGUUGAAAGAGAGUUCAAAGUUCUCAAUUUGUUGGAAUUUACUAGCAAAAGGAAGCGAAUGUCUGUGAUUGUCAGGGAUGAGAAUGGACAAAUUCUACUCUUCUGCAAAGGUGCUGACAGCAUCAUUUUUGACCGGCUAGCAAAGAGUGGAAGAAUGUAUGAGGAAAUUACUACUAAGCAUUUGAAUGAAUAUGGAGAAGCUGGGUUGCGCACACUGGCACUUGCUUACAAAAAGGUUGACGAGUCUGAGUAUAACACAUGGAAUAACGAGUUCAUGAAAGCCAAAACGUCUAUAGGUGCUGAUCGAGAAUCAAUGCUUGAGCGAGUAGCAGAUGCAAUGGAAAGGGAAUUGAUUCUUGUUGGUGCUACCGCUGUGGAGGACAAAUUGCAAAAAGGGGUCCCCCAGUGUAUAGAUAAACUUGCACAAGCUGGUCUCAAGCUUUGGAUUUUGACAGGGGAUAAGAUGGAAACCGCAAUUAAUAUAGGGUAUGCAUGCAGUUUACUCCGACAGGGAAUGAAACAAAUUUGUAUUACAGUGACAAAUUCGGAUACAGUAGCCCAAGAUUCGAAACAGACAUUGUUAUUUUUAAUUACCGAACAGGCUAUAAAAGAGAAUACCUUAAAUCAAAUCACCAAUGCCUCUCAAAUGAUUAAGCUAGAAAAGGAUCCUCAUGCUGCAUUUGCAUUAAUUAUUGAUGGAAAAACUCUGACUUACGCUCUGGAAGAUGAUAUGAAGCAUCAGUUCCUGGCAUUAGCAGUUGAUUGUGCAUCUGUCAUAUGCUGUCGUGUCUCUCCCAAGCAGAAGGCACUGGUAACAAGGUUAGUGAAAGAGGGAACCGGAAGAACUACCUUAGCAGUAGGUGAUGGUGCAAAUGACGUUGGAAUGAUUCAAGAAGCUGACAUUGGUGUCGGCAUCAGUGGGGUGGAAGGUAUGCAGGCAGUGAUGGCCAGUGACUUCUCAAUCUCUCAAUUUCGGUUCUUGGAAAGACUUUUGGUUGUGCAUGGACACUGGUGCUACAAGAGAAUCGCUCAGAUGAUUUGUUAUUUCUUCUACAAAAAUAUAGCAUUCGGUCUUACACUUUUCUACUUUGAGGCGUUCACGGCCUUUUCCGGACAGUCAAUUUACGACGACUGGUACAUGUUAUUGUUCAAUGUUGUUCUUACCUCCCUCCCUGUAAUUUCACUUGGAGUUUUCGAGCAAGAUGUUUCUUCUGAGGUCUGCUUGCAGUUCCCAGCACUAUAUCAGCAAGGAACGAAAAAUCUGUUCUUCGACUGGUAUAGGGUAUUAGGAUGGAUGGGCAACGGUCUCUAUUCGUCCAUAGUUAUUUUUUUCCUCAAUCUUAUCAUCCUAUUUGACCAACCGUUCCGCUCUGAUGGUCAAACUGGUGAUAUGGCCAUUGUUGGUACAACUAUGUUCUCUUGCAUAAUCUGUGCUGUCAACUGCCAAAUUGCACUAACAAUGAGCCACUUCACAUGGAUUCAACAUGUUUUCGUCUGGGGCAGUGUUGCAGCUUGGUUCUUGUUUCUAUUACUUUACGGAAUGAUAUCUCCGAUUUAUUCCGGGAACGCUUACCAGAUUUUACUCGAAGCUCUAGGUCCAGCGCCCAUUUAUUGGUGCUCAAUCAUAUUGGUAACAGUUACAUGUAAUUUACCCUACCUGGUUCACAUUUCAUUCCAAAGAUGUAUUCAUCCAAUGGAUCACCAUAUCAUCCAAGAAAUCAAAUACUACAAAAAGGACGUCGAGGAUCAACACAUGUGGCGAAGAGAACGUUCCAAGGCGAGACAAGAAACAAAGAUCGGAUUCUCGGUAAGAGUAGAUGCGAAAAUCAGACAGUUGAAAGGAAGGUUGCAGAAGAAGCAUUCGAGCUUAAUUUCGCAAGCGCAUAGUUAUACGUCUUCUCCGUCAUAGCCUCAUCUAAUUUUUUUGAGUUUUUAUUUUUUCUGUGUGAAAGGUUUGUAGUGUUUUUGGUCGUUUGCAGUUUUUUUUUUUUUUUUUUAACCAUGGCCCCUGUAAUGAUUCAUUUUGCAGUGAUUUUUAGUCUGGUAAAAAUGGGGUUGGUUCAAAGUGUUACACAGAAGCAAGCAUUUGAGUUGUUGUAUGUACACUAGCUAUAACAUUUAACAGCUUGUGAAAAUAGUUUAUAUAUAACAUCUUCAUUCUUCUCUUACAA